AGUGUUUUGAAAAUCAAUUCCGAGCUUAAAAUAAUAGGAUCUCAUAAGAUGGAAGCCUCUCUGGCUAAAGAUGAAUUAAAUACGAAAAAUUCUACUACUACAAUUAUAUCAGUAAAAGAUACAACACUGGGGCGUUGUCAAUGCAAUACGCAAUAUUAUCGAAAUCUUACAAGUUGCUUAGUUUGUUAUCGCGCUAAUGAUAUUGGAAACGUUCAAGUUGCUAACUUGUCUGAUUUUCAAUCAGCAUGCAAAAAAUUGGGCAUAACGUUUACUAAUGCUGGUCCAACUUUAGGUUCAGAUUCGUCUGCGGGUACAGCGAAAAGGGUUCUUAUUGGCGUAAUUAUAGCCUUGGUUGGUAUAAUGUUAAUAGGUGCGGCUAUCUGGUUAUAUUGGCACAAAAGUAAAAGUCACCCAAAAUUGGAUAGUGAACCUCCUCCUGAAAUGGAGCAUCACCAUCAUAAUCCUCCUGAACCUGUCCCUGCAGCUGACACAAACACGGAAGUGGUUCAGCCUACAGGGUAUAAUAGUGGGCAACCUGGACAAUACUUUGGUGGUGGUGUACCUCCUUUUGAUCAGCACAGUCAAUAUUAUCCUAAUCAACCAACUUCUCCACCGGUACAACCGAGCUCAUAUGGUGUUUCUCCAGGAACAUCAACUCCACCACCAAGUCAACAUGCAUCAUAUUAUAGUGUUAGUAGUUCUCAACCAAUUUUACGUCCAUCUUCUGUUGAUAGUACAACAGGUGGUCAUUACUCACAGCAAUAUUCUUCCGGGCAACUUGGUGGAAUACCUGAACAGGAACAAACUGACUAUAAUAUGCCAAUUCCAGUACCAGCACCAGUUGAUUAUCAACAACAAUAUGGUUAUCAUCCACAAGGUUACCCACCACAAGGUUACCCACCACAAGGUUACCCACCACAAGGUUAUCCACCACAAGGUUAUCCACCACAAGGUUAUCCGCCACAAGGUUACCCACCACAAGGUGAUUCACAAGGUUAUCCACCACAAGGUUACCCACCACAAGGUGAUUCACAAGGUUAUCCUCCACAGGAUAAUCCACAGGGUAAUCCGCAAGGUCAUCCUUCGCAAACUUAUCCGCAUGGUCAUCCACAAGCUCCAGGAAUGGGAGAGACAUCAAAAACAGCAGAAGCAAGAAAACGAGAUGGAUUCUCAUAUGCUGGAAUCACAUGGAAAAUACGUUCACGAAACAUCGAUAAGUAG